AUGGCGCCAACGGACCAGAGCGACGGACCGUUAACAGUGAAACACAAAGGCUAUAACUCGGGGUUCGUCGUUUUAUAUGUGAAGGAGCAGGUUGAUGCGUUUUGUGUAGAUUUUUUAAACUGUCACAUAAUUGUUUUAAGUUGUUCGUUGUUUAGUUUAAGAAUGAAUAUAAAGUCGUCCUCCGAACAGCAGGUGGCCGUUGUGCUCCUGAAGCGCUCUCAUAACCAACGAAGAAGAAGAGAAACUGAAACUGAUGGGCGGGAUCCAAACAGAAGGAUGUGAUCUAAAGAUCUAUCCUCUCUUUAAUGGAGGGAGCUACAGACACAUUUCAGACUUUAACGUCAAAGCUCUGAAGCUGAAACAUGAGUUCCUUUGCGGGUCGGAUGAAGGAGUAUCCCACAGUCUCUCUGGACCGGUUCGACCGUGAGAACCUACAUGCCCGGGCAUAUUUCCUCUCCCACUGUCACAAAGAUCACAUGAAAGGACUGAAAGGACCGAUACUGAAGAGGAAACUACAGUUCAGUCGCACAGUCCGACUGUACUGCUCAUUUGUGACCAAAGAACUUCUGCUGAGCAAUCCCAAAUAUGCUUUUUGGGAGGAUUACAUUGUUCCCUUGGAGCUGGAGAGCCCGACUCAGAUCUCUCUGGUGGACGAGACAUCUGGAGAGAAAGAAGACGUCGUGGUCACGUUGCUGACUGCAGGUCACUGCCCCGGCUCUGUGAUGUUCCUCUUCGAGGGCUCUCAGGGGAAUGUCUUAUACACGGGGGACUUCAGGCUGGCUGCAGGAGACGUGUCCAGGAUGGAGCAUCUGCACUCUGGCAGCAGAGUGAAGGACAUUCAGAGUGUUUAUCUGGACUCCACUUUCUACGACCCACGAUUCUACCAGAUCCCUCCUCGGGAGGUGUGUCUGAGUGGCAUCCUGGAGCUCGUUGGAAACUGGAUCAGUCAGAGUCCGUACCACGUCGUUUGGCUGAACUGUAAAGCUGCGUAUGGAUAUGAAUACCUGUUCACCAACCUGGGAGAGGAGUUCAACACACAGAUCCACGUCCGAAGUUUGGACAUGUUCAAGAAAAUGCCGGAGAUCCUGAGCUACGUGACGACCGACCGCAGGACGCAGAUCCACGCCUGUCGACACCCAAAGGAUGAGGAGUUCUUCCAGGGCAGCAGGCUGCCGUGUGGCUGCACAGCGUCUGACGGGACUCCUCUCCGCAUCAUCAGCAUCAAACCGUCCACCAUGUGGUUUGGGGAGAGGAUGAGGAAAACCAGCGUCAUCAUAAAAACAGGAGCGAGUUCCUACAGAGCCUGCUUCAGUUUCCACUCCUCCUACUCAGAGCUGAAGGAUUUCCUCUCCUACCUCAAGCCUGUGAACAUCCUCCCCAGUGUGAUCCCUCUGGGCAGGACGCUGAGUGAGGUCACACACAUGUUGAAUACGAUGUGCAGGAACCAAUCGGAUCAAGCAGCACCUGUGUACAAACCUUUGGGAGUCCUCAAACGCAGCAUGGUGCAGCGACCUGCAAACGAUUCAGGCAGCGAUGACGAGCUGUUCGACGGCCUCGACCUCGCACCAGUGAGGAAGAAGAUCGGACUGGACCAGGAAAUACAGAAAGUGAAAGCUCAGAGUCCUCAGAAAACAGCGCCCCCUGUCUCCAUGGAGGAGUCAUCCCCUCUGACGGUCACACAACCUGUAUCAGGCAACUAUGUGGACUGCACCGAGUCCAAUGAUGAAGAGGAAGAUGAGGAACAGAUGGAGGAGGAGGAGGAGCAGGAUGAAGGAGCGGGGGAUAAUACAGUGAUAAUGGCGGAGGAGGAGGAGAGGGAGAGUAAGGAAGAAGGACAUGGCUCAACUGAUCCUCCGAAAUGGGCGGACUUCUUCACCAAGGAGACGCUGCCUGACAGCCAGAGCAGCCUCAACAGCCAAGCACAGUCCUGCUGCUCCGUCCCAAGCCCCGCCCUCUCCAGGAUGACGGGCUCACAGACGCCCGAGCUGUUCAGCGAAGAAGAAGAAGAAACCCCGAACACUGACAAACACUUCAGCCUCACCCUCUCCGCCUCUCUGUCCAACCACUCCUCCCAGAACCUGGACUCGUGCUUACCCGACACCCUGAUCCUCCAUCGCGAGCCAGACAGACAGGAACAAGGAGACUUAAGGACCAAAACCGUGUCUGAGGAGAACAUGAACGAUGACCUCAAUGUCCAAUCAGAGCCAGAGGAGCUCUUGGGGUCUCAGGGGUCAUCAGACUUUGAUAUACCGUGCACGCCGGAGUCGAAGAUGCCGCGACCUGAUGAGCUGUCGCAGCUGUACAGGAAGCUGGCGUCAGGAGAGGAAGUGGUCAUCAGGAAGAGGGACUGAAAACAGUGUAAAGCUAAAAGAACUUAAAGAGUGAAAGUGUGAGACGGUGAGCGCUUUAAGUGAAUAAUUGAAUCCAUGUCGCUUCUUCUGUUCUGGAUGUUUCAUAUUUUAACAAGAACCCAGAGAGCGAGCGAUUCAAACUUUUAAAACAUGAGGACUCGUAUCAAGCUGUGUUCACGACGUAUUAAACUCAGAGUUCUGUGUUUUAUUUACUCGGUAUUUCACUGGUUAGAUUUCAUGCUGUGAUUAAAAACAGAACAUCGCCUCCUGAAAGAUAACUGGGUUUUUAAAAACAUGCUGACGUUGCUGUUCGUGUUCUCGUUGGCGCACGUUGGGUUGCCUUGUCACUAAAACCUAAACGCCUUACUCUUUACUUCCCCCCAAGCUUGAACCAACAGGAGAACUCAGACUUUAUUUAAACCUCAGAGAACAUGUUGAUGAUAUUACUGUUGAUAUAUACAUGAUGUUGAUUGUAUGACUGUCCUAGAGUCAUCACUAACUGCUGCACUAGAAACAUAUAUAUAUGAAAACACAAGCUUUUGUAACGCCUCGUGCCUUCCAGGUGACACUUCCUGUCAGACCUCCAAACCACUCAAACCUCAGGACGUAAAGCGACACACAAACACGUUUCUUCCGACACAUGCACUUUACGUUCACGCCGCCUGCAUGCAUUAAUGCACCUGCACACUUCAAACCUCUCCCGUUUCUGUCGACAGUUUGUGGUUUGUUCUAACUUUUCUCUGUAAAGUGGAUCAAAUGUGAAGCAGAUGAACUUUUGUUACUGAUUAAAAGUUUCUAUUUAAACCAAAA